GUUCACUUCACUUCCUGUAAAAUAAUGCUCAACCGUAACAGCUACAUGUGAAACACAGACAAAACCUCCGGCACUUUUUUUCAAAGGAAUGAGAAAAGGGUUGACUUUUCAAUCACCUCAUGAAGACCUUUCCCCGCUGAAUGAAAUGGCAUCGUAGGAUACCUUGUGGUUGUAGGCUGGAGACACUGUAACAGCCCGAGGGGCUGCCAUGGACGCCCUGACUGUCAGGGGGAUCCAGCUCUCUCCAGUGAGACCCUUUGAACGAAUAGUGGACAUCAGAGCAGAGAAACGGGAACACCUGCGAGGACGCAACAACGUGACCUCAUGUCGCAGCCCCACUCGAGAAGUGGACACGAGGCGGAUCAAGAAUGAACUGAAGGAAAAAAGGCAACUUGAAUUUCUGAGGAGGAGAUCAGUGAGCCCCGAGCCGUGUGGUUCAAAUACUACAAACUAUUGUUCCAGGAAAAAACUUUCACCAAAUACAUUUUCCAUGAAACAAUACAGUUCAAUCAGCAAGUCAGAGACAUUGCACACAAAUGUCCAGAAUACUUCAACCGCUGAUGGGAAGCGCACAAUGUUUUUAAGACCAAACAGCAGCGUUUCUGGAGGCCAAAGCACCAGCACCUGGGCUUCAUUAUGGACAGAACAGGUAACAAUGACCAGGCAAGAGAAAGCACUUGCAAGGAAACAGGCAUCUACCUCCACGCCAGUGUUAAAGGAAUCAAACCAGCUGUGGGCGACAAGCACGGAUAAAAGAGAGAAUGGUGUUAAUGCUCAAAAGACAAACCUCAAAGCAUUCGUCCGAGCAGAAAAGAUUCUCCAAAAGAAUAUACAGCGGGAGACCAGUGUGCAGACAGAGUCAGGCCUUGUCAUGGUCAGAGAGUCUGAUGUUCAGAAGCUAACUGAAUACUUGCAGGAGGCUCUGUGGAGAGAGGAGGUGAUGAAGAAGAAGCUUUCCACCCUCGAAGAAGCCACGUCUAGCCUGGUGAACUCCUCGAGCACAGUGUGGAGGGCUCGCUGCUCUGAAGACUUGCUGAGAAACAAGAUCCAGGCUCUAGAAGCGCAGCUGCAAGUCUGCCUGCAGAGGUUUCCCAAAGACGGAGUGAAAAAACUGGUGAUACAGAUGGAGAAGCAGAAACUGAUGUACGAAGAGAAGGCCCUGAUCGCCCUGCAGAAGGUCACACAGGAAAAAACUGAUGCGCUCAUCAGGGCUGAGACAAUGCAGGAAGCGCUAAUUACAGCAAAAGCAGAGGCACUUAGGUGGCAGAGCAUUUAUGAAGAUCUGCAGCGGAGCUGCGAAAAGCUCAGGGAGAACCAAUGCCUCACUAUUGAACAGCUGCAACAGCUGCACAGCCAAGUCCAGCUGUUCAGAACCAGAGAGGCCGAGCUGGAGGAGGAGGUGGUGUCGUUGCAACAAGAGAAGAAGGAGCUCCAGUACAACAUUGGCCUGCUGAAGGAAGACCAUCAGAUUUUAAGAGAGGAAAUCGAGCACCAGAGAGACGACGGCAGUGAGAGUCAGGGCUUUGUGCUGCGAGGGCUUCCGACGUCAGAGGAAGAAGAGCCUCGUGUGAGGAGAGACUCUCAGAUGGAGGAGCAGCUUCGCCACACUCAGGACAAACUCCUACUCAAAGAGAAAGAGUGCGAGGAGCUGCAGACAGAGCUGCACACCAUGGAGCAGGAGUGUCGGUCCAGCCAGGCCCGGCUGUCGCAGUGCAGGGACGAGCUCCGGCAACUCAGCCACCGCAGCAGGAGACCAGUGAGCCCUACACGGUGUUGCUCCUGGUGGAAAGCGUGCAUGACCUUCCUCCUUCUCCUUGCUGUGGCGGGGGUUGCCAUUUUGUGGCUGUGGCAUCCUCCUUUCAGGGAGCAAGUUGAUGACCUGUACUCAGACAUAGAAGCACGUAUUGAAAACUAUCUCAUGAACAUGGCGUCUCCUCAACACUCAGGCUGUUUUAGACCAAUAUGAUAAUGUCAGGAGAAUUGUUUGUUGUUGUUUUGUUGCUUUGAAUUAAAAAACCUAGGAUGUAGGUGUGUGAUCAUUUUUUGUUUCAGACUUCAAGCUUUAAGUGUUUGUGAAAAUGUUGUGUUGACAAGGGAAGGAUAUUGUGAAAAAUAAAAAAUGUCUUUGUAAUGUUACAACAAUGAAAACAUUCUAAAGCAAAUGUCACUAGCUGGCGGAGGUCAGUAAGAGAGAAGACGUUUUAUGUCAAUAAAAUCAACACAACACUCAGAAAUAAAAGCACAGGAAGCAUCCUUUGUACUGUAAACAGCUUGAUUGGUCAAUAGCCAAUCUUGAAUUAUUAAAAAGCCAUGAAAGCCAUUACACAAAGACAAAACAUUAUUUUAGCUGUUGCUCUUAUAAAAGAUGGGAGAGUAAGCAUGCAAUAAAGUGCCAAUUGAGUUUUAAAGGUUCAGAAAUAAAGGCAUAUUGUUAUUAUAUUA